UUCGACUCUGAGUGAUUCAACUGGGGAAGUUACUUCUGGGAGGCAGAGGUGGCUGAAGGCAGGAAGAAGACACAGAAAGGGAGGCCCGUGGCAUGUCUGUACAGGAGCUCAGUGAGACCAGCACUGGUCUGUGGCAGGAAGUCCGCUUUGGUGGGAGGGCUGCAGUGAUUGGGUGCCUCUGAGGCUGGGGCCCUAACACUCAGCUGCCCAGAGCCUGUCCCUGCUAUUUGGCUGUGCUCACUUGGCCUUUAACCUACACAGGGGUCCUCAAUCUCAGGCGUUUCAUAGCCCUUGACUUGGCAAUGUUGUCCAUUCCUGCCGGUGGCUGUUUUGGCUUUGUCUGGGCUCCCUGGGAGAGGAAGUGACAUUUCUUGGCAUGUAGCCCUCACUCCUUGCUCAUGAUUGGACCGUGUGAUAUGACAAUGUUUUCUGGGAGGGAACAUGCAGAGCUGGGGCGGGCAGAGUUAAAAAGUUUUUCCGGCACUUUCCUGCCUCAGCUGAGCUUGAGGCUUGUGGACCGGCCGGAGGUUGACAAAUUCCCAGCCAUGUGGCUGUGCUCUGUCCUGCCCUUCCUGGCCAGCAUUGCCCUUUUUGCUCCCGUGGAUGUCGCCACUGGAUCCCCCAGUCUUCUUUAUAACCUCACAGUGGUGUCUCACCAUGGAUCUGUGCAACCAAGAUUUUUUGGUGAUGGAUACUUGGAUGGUCAGCCCUUCCUGCACUACGACAGUGAGAAAGGCAGGGCAGAGCCCCGUGGGCUGUGGGCAGGCACUGUCCUUGGAGCAGAAACCUGGAACACAGAGACAAAAGACUUAACAGAGAAGGGGAAGGACCUCAAAAUGACUCUGGCAGACAUCCUGGCCCUGCAGGACCAGAAAGGAGACUUUCACUCCCUCCAGGAGAUUUGGGGCUGCGAGAUCCAAGAAGACAACAGCGCCAGGGGCUUGUGGCAUUUCUGCUAUGAUGGGGAGCUCUUCCUCUCCUAUAACCCGAAGACCAAUGAGUGGACGGUGGCCAAGUCCUCGGCUCAGACCCAGGCUGUGGAGAUCAAGAGGUCCUAUGAAGCAGAUGGCUUUCAAAGCCAGGAUUACCGUGCCCGUGUGCAGGGAGAGCUCUGUGGAAGACUGCGGAUAUAUUCGAAAUCCUGGAUGGGCUUCAUACACCGCACAGCCUCACCACGUGGAUCCAACAGAGUGAACGUCAAUCCCACCCAUCCUCCUGCCAGUCUAGAGGAAUUUGGCCUUAGGGUGCAGGACAGGCUUGGGAAGGUCCGAGUGCCCCCAGCAGUGAACGUGACGCGCACCCAGGCCUCCGGUGGCAUGGUCAACCUGACGUGCUGGGCUUUCGGCUUCUCCCCUCGGAACAUCUCAGUGACCUGGCUUCAGGAUGAGGAACCCCUGAGCCAGGAUGCCCAGCAGUCUGGGGCUGUCCUGCCUGAUGGGAAUGGCACCUACCAGACCUGGGUGGCCAUAAGUAUUCCCCAAGGAGAAGAGCAGAGGUUCAUGUGUCAUGUGGAACACAGCGGGACCCACACUGCACACCCUGUGCUCUCUGGAAAGGCCGUGGUGCAGCAGAGUGGAUGGGCAAUCAUUCUGGCUGUUGUUGUUGGUAUUAUUAUUGCUGUGACUGUGUGUGUCGUAUGUUACAUAAGAAGAAGAAGACAAAACCAGCUGCAGAGAGCCCAGAGCGUUAGCCUGCAACCUCAACACCAGAUGGCGUCAACGGACCUGAAUGGCACUGAGCAGCUGGGAUUUCAGUCUCUGCUGUCAGCCCCUCAGUCCACUGAUUCAACUGAGGAGGCUUAGAAUCUGCAGCCAGGAGGCCUGAAUUCAGCUCCCUGCUCGGGUCUUACUAGCACUUUCCCUCUUGGUGCCUCAGUUUCCUCAUCUAAGAAAUGGGGAAAAUAACAGUAUUUCCAGUUGUGGAUGCAGGAUCAAGUGUUACUAUCCUUGAGGUCCUUAUAGCUCACCAGAUUACCAAUAUUUUUGUUAUUUCAUGUUAGAUUACCUAUAUACUAAUUAUAUUGUUGGCAGUGAGCUUUAUCUGUGAGUUCCUUUGUUAUUGUUCCUCCUGAGAGGUGUGUCUCGAUGCCUGGACACAGCCUUAAAAAAUCUCCACCUCCAUCACCGCCAACUCCCAGUGAGUGACAGGUUCACAGCCAAGCAUAAAGGGCUGGGAGGAGCUGGGAUGGGACACCUGGGGCCAAUGUUCCUGGGUGAGCUUGUGAGGGAAAUUCUGCCUGAAGAGGUGACACCUGGUGAUGAAGCAAAGCUGAAGUGUGAUAUUUGGGGAGGGGGACUGGGACAGUGCUCUGGGGUUCCCAGAUUAAGAAGAUUACGGGUCAGUGUGCUUCUGGGGUGAAGUGACUGCUGAAGAUACGUGGACUGAGUUGAUGAGAGAAUAAAUGAGCAGAGAAUGUGGAUGAAUCAAUCAAGCAUCAGCCUCUGCCUCCAUCAGUUCAGCCCGAUUUGUGCAAGGCCGAUGGGGAGGUGAGACACUCCCCCCGAUGCUCUGUCCUUUCUGACUUCUGGUCUUGGGGCACACAGAUGGUGGUGUGUCAUAGAAAAAGAGAGCAGAUUUGUGGUUACCAGAGGCGGGAGGUGGCGAGUAGGGAAUUGGAUAAAGGCGAUUAAAAGACACAAACUUCCAGCUCUAAGAGAACUCAGUUCAGGGGAUGUAAUGUCCAAGAUGAUGACUACUUCCCACAGCUGUAGGGUGUGUGUGAAAGUUCCUAGGGAAGUGGAUCCUGAGUCACAAGGAAAAAAACAUUUCUUUUCUCUUUCCUUUUUUCAUCUCUAUGAGAUGAUGAAUCUUAACUUUGUGUGGCUAUCGUUUCAUAAUCUGUGUAGACAAGUCAUUGUGCUGUAUACCUUAAACUCAGAGAGUGCUGUGGGUCGAUUAUAUCUCAAUAAAACUGGAAAAAAAGAAUUUUGUUCAUA